AUGAAAAUAUAAUUAGAUAUUUCUAUCCUAAAUGAAAAUAAAAACCAAUAAAAAUCUAAACUUAAUCAAUUAUUCAUUGAAUUCCAAUAGAUCCAUUAAUAAUUUUCACUAAUAUCUUAGAAAAAUACCAAAACAUAAAAUUCAACUUUAUUUUUAAAUUAAAAUUUGAUUGUACAUAAAAAGAAAACUUGCAAUUUAUUUUCAAAAUUUACAAUAGAAAUUAUUGUCUAAUUUACUCUGUAUUUAAAUGUUAAAUAGAUUAUGUAAUUACGAAGAGUAAAUAAAUUAUUUAAUUUAAUUAUUUGUAAAUCUCUGCCUAUUAGGAUUAUCUAAUACUAGCAUAUACUAGAGAAUAUUCAAAGUAAUUUAAUUUAAAUUCCAUAAAUAAUAAAUAUGAUACCUGAAUAAAAUUUUCUAGAAGAAGAUAUAUUUAUAGAUUGGGAUAAUGUAUGGAAUUUCAAAGAAAUUAAUAAAAUUUAUGGUUCUAAAGAAUUAGAACCAGAAAUCUAUUAAGUGUUCAAAUUUAUGUAUAUUUCAAUAUAUCCUGAUUUUCCUGAAGUUAUUACUCUAGAAUAAAUUAAAAAGAUGUUAUCUCGUCCAUAUCUCAGAUAUGAUGUACCUGAAAGUAAUAAAAUACUUACUGAAAAAUAAAUAAAUGCUUUAUAAGAUGUGAUGUUGCUAGAUACACAAAAAAUUAAUGAUCAAUAUAAAUUUUCUGCAUAUAUUUGUUUGUUAUUAUAAAAAUAUGUACAAAUGACAAAAUGUGAUGCAUUUAAAAAUAAAGUUUAAAGAGAUUAAUUACUAAAACGAGAAAGUCUAAUAGCUGAAAGGUUAAAAAUACUAAAUAAACUUAAUUAAAAAAUAAUCAAAUGA